ACAGGCUCACCAAUGUACACUACCCAGUAGCCUUGGCUAAUUAAUUCGAAACGUUUACAUCCAGUGACUUAAUUUCGCUAUCCAUUUACAACUCAUCAAAAUUAAGAGUAGGUGACAUGCGAAUACUUAACAGGAUUCUUAAAGAGUUCGCAGCGCAGAGGUUCGCCACAUGUUCGAACCUGGUACGUUUAACGAGUAAAAGCGGAGCGAGUGUGUGAAGACACUCUUUGAUCGUGAAAACUUGGUCCGGUGAAAGAUCUUCUCAGUUUUUCAAGCCAAGAUGAUGAUGACGGACUAUAGAAGCUGCAGGUACGAUCAUAACACAGGACUGUACUAUCCGAGUAACCAGGCUGGUGUAGACUCAACAAACCCCAGACAAAUUAUGGAUAUCUCUCAUUCUUAUCCUUCCCCAAGAAAUACAGAUUUCUACAGCGGGAUACCCGGAAACGGGUCUGCGAACCCGGCGUACAGGCAUUACGGCAGACAUGUACAGCAAAUGUACGGUUAUCAUCAACCAGUGUCAAACCAGCAGUCGUUUUAUAGUUAUCAGAACCCCGAUUAUCGGCAGAGAAACAUUUCCACGGGUUUGUACAUGAAGGGAAAGGUGGCGUCAUUGCGACAGGGCAGCUGUUCCCCUCCUGACGAAGAGAAGACAGAGAGGCAGGGGUGCUGCUCAUCUCCACCUGAUAAACACCGUCAGACAGACUAUAGGGACAAGACCCAGUCCUCCUCCGACGAAUCGCCAUCUUGCCAAAGUGUCAGAUCACCGAAAGAAGACGUUCUAAGCCCGGACAACUUAGACUACGAAGAUGACUUUAAAGACGAAGACAACGAAGAGGACGGGGACCCUGGUGACCACACACCUCACGUGUUUGCUCCGGGGUAUCACGGACCCUCACGGAGGUGUCUCUUGUGGGCAUGUAAAGCAUGUAAGAAAAAGACUGUGACAAUUGACAGGCGAAAGGCAGCUACAAUGCGCGAAAGACGACGUCUGAGGAAAGUUAACGAAGCGUUCGAAACUCUCAAACGAAGAACUUGUCCUAAUCCAAAUCAACGCCUCCCUAAAGUAGAAAUUCUCCGAAAUGCAAUCGACUAUAUUGAAAGUUUGGAAGAUCUUCUUCACGGAAAUCGGCUUGGAAGAGGCGAAGAAAAUCAUGACACAGGUUCUAAUAGCAGUGGUUCCGAUUAUAUGACGGUGAACAGUCCGCACUAUUACACAGAAAAACUCCACCAUGUUGGUGAUCCGAAUGGUUUGAAUCAAUCCACAGGUUACGAUCAGAUGUCGACGGGCGUGUCUAGUUUGGACUGCCUCUCUCUCAUCGUGGAAAGUAUCAGUCCGUCAAGCACCAGUGCCAUGUUGAACAGCUUAUCCGUUACCGAAAGACCGCUGUAACAGGCACGGUGGAAAAAAACUGUUCUUAUGAACCUGAUCGCUUACAAACAUCAUGAACUAUUGUUAUAGUCAAUGUCAUCGUUAUCUCGGUCCAUCCGGUGUGACGUAGCUUCUUUCAUGUCAUUUGUCAUGAAGGACCAGAUUACAGAAGCCACUCAGUUUGCAAUAUUAUUUAUUGUGUGCAAUGAUAUUUCAUCAAACGAUUUAUAUGUUGAUAUAAGCCAAUCUAGUCACAGGGUGUUACUGGUUUAUAAUGACUGUAUAUGUAUGCUGGGUGCGAAGCAGAGGAGGAAAAGACACGGCCGACAAACAUCUGACAAAAUUGGCUCUCGCUAGAAUAUACCUGUUGGUCGACUCUCAUGAAGUACAAGUUUCAGCAAGAGAUUCAACAAGGACUUUGUUGUGUCUUUGUUUCUUUGAAACUGUGUCCAUAUAGUGUCAACGUGCUGUAGAAAUCGGAAAAUGUUUUGUGACUUUAGCUGGGCAGCGUGUAUAGAUACAAAUGUGAGAGAGUGAGAAAAUGAGUUUGGUGAAGACUGUGCAGAAAAAAAGUCUUGAAACUAACACGUGUUUGACUGAUUUACGUUUGCAUAUGUUUUUUUUUUUAUUAUCUUACUUGAGAUUUACAAGCGCUAGACAUUACUGACAGCGUCGAUAAGUACUGUAGUAUUGCGUUCACACUGUUUGCAUUAAAUGUAUAUACAUGUACCGUGGCACAGAAUCAAAGUAACUCUGCAGCAGUUGACCAUUGCCCAAGUCAUUUUGUCCUGUCUUUUUCAGCCUUUGUUAUGACCCACAUUUACAACAUCUGACGCCUUCCUAUUUUUUUUGUCUGUCAAUGUCUUGUAGCGCAAGGUAUUUAUAAAUUAUUUCACUGAAAACCUU